AUGGCUCGCACGAAGCAGACCGCGCGCAAGUCCACCGGCGGCAAGGCUCCCCGCAAGCAACUCGCCACCAAGGCGGCGAGGAAGACGAUGCCCCUGGCCGGCGGGGUGAAGAAGCCGCACCGGUUCCGGCCUGGGACGGUGGCGCUGCGAGAGAUACGCAAGUACCAGAAGAGCACGGACCUCCUCAUCCGUAAACUGCCGUUCCAGCGGCUGGUGCGGGAGGUGGCGCAGGACUUCAAGACGGACCUCCGGUUCCAGAGCCACGCCGUCCUGGCCCUGCAGGAGGCCGCAGAGGCUUACCUCGUCGGACUCUUCGAGGACGUCAACCUCUGCGCCAUCCACGCCAAGCGCGUCACCAUCAUGCCCAAGGAUGUCCAACUUGCCCGCCGCAUCCGCGGUGAGCGCGUCUAA